AUUUUUCGCUCUUUAAUUCCUGCUCUCUCUAAGAAAACUUUUUAGAGAGAGAGAGGGGUAGAAGUCUUGGCUUCGGUCUCUAAUAGAUAUCGUUAAACAGUGAGAAAUCUUAAGAACAGAUAAAGCACAAAUGGAUGCGGUAUUGAACAAGGUUGGCUCUUAUUGGCUCGGUCAGAAAGCUAGCAAGGAGUUCAAUUCUGUUGGCGACGACAUCAACUCAUUGUCAACGAGCAUUGAAGGUGGAACCAAAUGGUUGGUAAACAAACUCAAAGGAAAAAUGCAAAAGCCGUUACCAGAUUUGCUUAAGGAGCAUGACUUGCCAAUAGGAAUCUUCCCUCGUGAUGCAACCAACUAUGAGUUCAAUGAAGAGACGAGAAAGCUUACUGUCUUUAUUCCCUCAAUCUGUGAAGUCGGCUACAAGGACUCAUCUGUUGUGCGUUUUUCGACCACUGUAACUGGGUAUUUGGAGAAAGGAAAAAUAGCUGAUAUAGAGGGGAUGAAGACUAAAGUGAUGAUUUGGGUUAAAGUGACCUGUAUUGCAUCUACUGGAUCAAAGCUCAACUUCACAGCUGGGAUGAAGAAAACCAGAGAUAGAGGGGCUUAUGAGGUUCUUCGAGAUGGAGUGGGCGUAGAUAAGUUCUGAAGUGGUCAUAACACUUCAAAGGUAUUACUUUUAUGAGCUGUUACUCCUUAGUCAUUGCUGCUAGACUGCCCUUGCCUUCAUCUACUGUAAUUACAAUGACAGGUUGAAUUAAAUUUCACGUGCUUCCUUUGGUCAUAGAUGUGAUACGUGAAUUUUCUUUGUUCUAUGAUUGAUUAAUAUUAGCCACCCUUACCUUUUAUGCAUUCCUUUCUUGAUGAAGCAAAGGUUUGUGAAGGAAUUGCUGUUGUCAAAACUAAAAAUGUCGCUUUCAGAAUGGUAAAACCAAUAAUUGCUCGUUUAUUGU